GUGUGUGUAUGUACUGUGUGUUUGUCUGGACGGCGAAUUUAGCUAACGGUAUUUCUUUUUUAUACGAAUUUCAACCUUUAUCAGUAAUUUGUCGGCUCUGUUUUCUUAUAUGAAGACGCUGUGGCGAUAAAGUGGAGAUUAAGUGAUUAGGACUGCACGCGGACUGUCAUCUCGAGAAGUUACAGUGAGCGACGCGUAUCUUCAUCGGGGGAAAAUAGUUGACGUCAGAGGGUUCGCGAGUACAGUUGCGCGUGAUAAUUGAACUGCGAUCAGAUUGAAUUCACUGGAUCCCGUUUUUCGUGCAUAAGGAUUGUGAAUGUAGCGCAUUUUACUGGAGUACUUUGGAAAGAUGUAAGCAUGAUAUUUCUUCUAUCGGUCUUGAGGAACACUUUAUGAGCUGUUUCCAUUGUUGAUUUGAAGAACCAGAUAGCUUUUGUAGUGCACCAUGGAACUCUUUUGGAUUGCUUUCUUCAUUUUUGACGUGUUUUUCAUGACAGAAUGUGCCAGAGGUCCCCCGCAUGUAGCAGAGAAGGUAGCCCACCGACAGACCGUGAGGAUUGGACGCACCAUGAAACUUCAGUGUCCUGUGGAGGGGGACCCGCCGCCCCUCAUCAUGUGGACCAAAGAUGGAAGAAACAUCCACAGCGGUUGGAUGCGCUUCAGGGUUCUCCAACAAGCCCUGCGUAUCAAAGAGGUGGAGGCAGAGGAUGCUGGAACUUUCAUUUGUAAAGCCACAAAUGGCUUUGGCAGUGUUAACAUUAACUACACCCUUAUCGUCAUCGAUGACACUGGGAGCUCUGGGAGGGAAGGAGCUAGACCAGCUGGUGAAACCGAGUAUUCCACUGACCUGACGGGUAAACUGGUGCGGCCCCGUUUCACACAGCCGGCCAAAAUGAGGAAGCGUGUGAUUGCCCGGCCGGUGGGCAGUUCAGUCCGGCUCAAGUGCACCGCCAGCGGGAAUCCCAGACCUGAUAUUGUCUGGCUGAAGGACAGCAGACCUCUGACACCCGAGGAGGUGGGUGAGGGGCGCAAGAAGAAGUGGACCCUAAGCCUGAAGAACCUUACACCAGAACACAGCGGUAAAUACACCUGCCACGUGUCCAACCGCGCCGGGGAGAUCAACGCCACCUAUAAAGUGGAAGUCAUCCAGCGUACAAAUUCCAAGCCAAUCUUAACGGGCACUCAUCCAGUUAACACUACAGUGGACUAUGGUGGCACCACGUCUUUCCAGUGCAAAGUGCGUAGUGAUGUCAAGCCAGUUAUCCAAUGGUUAAAGAGGGUCGAACCUGGCGAUGAGAGCAAGUACAACUCCACCAUUGAGGUUGGGGACCAUCGUUUCAUUGUGUUGCCCACGGGUGAAGUGUGGUCACGUCCAGAUGGCUCUUAUCUGAACAAGCUACUUAUCACCCGGGCCAAGGAGGAGGAUGCCGGCAUGUAUAUCUGCCUAGGGGCCAAUACAAUGGGCUACAGCUUCCGCAGUGCCUUCCUUACUGUGUUACCUGACCCAAAGCCACCAUUUUCACCAAUCCCUUCUGUGCUGCCCCCAAGUCUUCCCUGGCCUGUCAUUAUCGGCAUCCCUGCAGGAGUUGUCUUCAUCCUGGGUACCAUCCUCCUGUGGUUCUGCCAGUCCAGGAAGCACUGUUCCUCAGGAGCCAUAAUUUCAGCCCAGACCUUACCCAAUGGCCACCGGCAACCGCCCAGAGACCGAACCCUACCGCCUGACGAUAAAGACUGCAUGGGCUCCGUCACCUAUGAAGAAUAUCUGGCCCAGCAGCAACAACAGCAGCUUCUGCUUGCCCAGUCUGCUCCUAAAGUCUACCCAAAGAUUUACUCAGACAUUCAUACACACACCCACUCGCACGUGGAUGGCAAAGUUCACCAGCACCAACACAUCCACUACCAGUGUUAGCCCCUGUUUUUGGGAAUGGAGGCUUUCCUACUUAUAAUUAUCACCACAGUUUUGGCUCCAUCUGGUUCUAUUUCUUCAACUUUUGACCUAUUGUGGAAGUCUUUCAGACAUAAUAGUACAGUAUGUUGGCCAAAGUGGGUCAGGGCUGCUAUCACUACCAAUGUUAGCCACUGUCCUCACAUAUGGAAGCCUUACUACUUGCAGUCCUCACCACAAAUGGGAAACUGGUUUUGGUUUAUGUAAUUCCAAUGAUCCAAUAUGGCAGGGGCAAUAUGUAGGCCAAAGUGGACCAGGGCUGCCUCAAACAAACAUUUCUGCUUAAAGUCUAGAGAAUGGAAAGACAAAUGAGCCAUGUUGUUUCAUUCUAACUGAUCUCUCAUUCUGAAUACAAGAAGCACAAAGACAUUUUGAACAGUGGGGUGGAAAAGGGCUAGGCUAACGAACAAAUAAUAAUGAUAUGUCAAACUGGUUUAGAAUGGAGAAACGUUCAUGUUUUAAAGAAACACGGCAGCAGAUUCUGUAUGGGACAACACAUUGUUCAUAUCCAGCAGUAACUGAAUUGAGUAAAUGUAUUGUGUUCUUAACAUUUUCAGCUUAAACUGUUGUUUGGCUAUGUGAACUAAUGCCACAAGAUUUAAUUAUACAAUUGCCCAUUGACAAAUUUUGUAGAUGGGGCCAAAAAGUUUUUCAUAAUUUUUAUUAGCACCAAAUCUCAUUGAAACGUAUUUGUACCUUUACAUAUAAAGCCAAAAUGUUUGCAGAUAUUCGGAGAUCCAGUUACAUUUAAUUUAGUUACAUCUCAAAACUGAUUCUUUGAUCUCCACAGGUUCUUUUAAAACAAGUUGAAUGCAUGAGGGCAUUUAUGUUUAUUUUGUUUUUAGAUAGCCUGCAGGCAUGAUCUACCUUAAUGAGUUUUUACAGUAAGAAUCAGUGUAGAUUCAAUCAAUCGAAGAUCUAGUUAUCUGUCUAAUUGUAUCUUUAUUUCACUUAAUGGAAAAAGAGUUUAUUCUUGAUCUAUGGUUAUAUAGUAACUUAAAGUGAUAAUUCUGAGAGAUGUUGUCAUUGUACGGUUCUGGCAAGGGGUUCCUUGUGUUUUUCAUUAACUUUGUACUUUUAUAAUCAGGGCCUACACUGAAUAACCUGAGGUACCAUAAUCCCAUAGUGCUUCUAUGGCCCUUUUUGUGUUUUCAUAAGCUUGACCACUAUAAUGAAGACUGUGUAAAAUGCCUUUGACUGCUCAUGUAAUGGCUCCCCUUUAAUAUUUACAGAACUGAACUGAGUCAGAGUUUCAAAGAAUUAACGGUAGACUGAAACUCAGAUGUAUUGUGCGUUGUCGGAGCAUAUGAAGUCUUUGUUUACCGUGAUAUUCAUGGUAAUUUGUCAAAGGACUGUGGGAAUUCAGGAAUGCACUUAACCCAGACAUCUGUUUGCUAUGUUUUUAAAUCCAUUGUCCCUGUUUUUUUUAAAAAGUAUCCCAAAAAGGAAACCUUGUUGAACUUAAGUGAUUCUAAAACAGUUUAUUUAUUUGUAAGCAAUGUUUUGAUGCUUCAAAUUGGGCAUUAUCAAAAAUGUUUAAACCAAAUACAAGUUUGCAUUGUCUUCCUCUGCGCUGUUGUGUAAACUGUGCAGCAUAUAUCAAGUGUUAAAUUGAAAGAAACACAAUGAUCAUAAUUAGCUAUCUUUGUAUGGACAAUCUUGUACAGUCUGGAUUCUUUUUAUGUUAAAAAAUAUACGUUUGUCACGAUAAAUAAUUUUAUCAUUAUAAAAUGAUAAAGCUCUUGACACAACAUGGUUUCAUACCUGGCAAACAUGUUCUAAUGUGGAUAAUAAUUUAUGCAGUUACAGAUUUACCAGUUUUUGUAAUACCCUCAAGUGUCCCCUUUCUUAUUUCUACUGUAGUAGUAGUGCAUAAAAGUGCCAAACAACAUGUUUUUAUAUCCUCAAAUUAGUACUGUAUUUUUCCUAUUCAUUUACAAUACUAUGAGAUGUUAAAAACACUACAAAAUGUUUGGUUUAUAUUUUAUCAGUUAAUCAGAGUUCAAUUUUUCACAUUGUAAUUACAGCUCAAGGCAAAGAAGUCAGACGACAGCAGAUACAAUAUACCAAUAAAUUAUGUUGUUUUGAAAGCAAAAUGCCUAGUUCACAU